UUGACAAGUACUGGCGGAUUUUGUAAACGCACUCCCGUUAAAAGUUGAACGGAUAGAAACAUGUCUCACAGCUCUACUGACACCUCCAGCCUUAAAGGCAAAAGGAAGAAAAAGUUACCAAAAAAUGCCAACCCUCUCUUCACCCAGUGGCUCACAGAGUGGAGAGAUCAAGCAGUUGAGAAGGGAUGGAAGAGUUCUCAUACUUAUUCAAAGGCACUGAAAACUCUACGUUUAUUCCCACUACCAUUGGAAUCAGGAAAGGACUGUCGACUGCUACAGAACUUUGGUGACAAAAUCUGUAAGAUGCUGGAUGAGAAACUGACAGAGCACAAGUUAAAACAAGCGGAUGAGGAAAAUAUGCCACAACCUGACCAAGACAGAUGUUCUAGCCAUAAUGCUGUACCAAGGACUGUUACAGGGAAGUCAGUGUGUGAUCCAAUUCCUGGGACCUCUUCCACCUUUACAAGACUGACUGACCAGAUGCCCCAGAACACAGCAGCGGCAAGCUCCACGGCCCUGUCUCACGGGGCCAGUGUCCAUUCGGAGCCAGCUGUUGAUCGAACCAGGAUUCACGACAUCAGUGACAGUUCUAAUGCUGAGAGUGAUACAGAAGCUGUUCCCUGUCCACCACCUUCAAAGAAACGUCAAGUGAGUGGAACCAGAAGUAGAGAUUAUGUCCCUGUAUACCGAUCAGGUCCAUAUGCCCUGCUAAUAACUCUUUUCAAGUACAUGCAAGACCUUGACUUUAAAGGUUACUUGGGAAAGACUGAACUCUGCGGUGCUGCCCAGCCUCUGUGUGAUAAAUCCUUCCUCAUGCCUGAUCCAGGAAGCAGGUACACAGCUUGGUCUUCCAUGGGGACACUCAUCAAGAAAGGUCUCAUCAACAAGUGUAGCAGUCCAGCCAGGUAUUCACUUUCUGACACUGGCUAUGAGUUAGCUGAGAGACUCAGUUUGGCAGAAACAGUGAGGAGGGCAUCAGCUGAAAACUGCCAUGAAUCUUCCGCCUCGUCUUCCGUUGUUGAUGUGAAUAGCUCAAAAGCAUGCGAAGUCUCACCUUUUGACAGGUGUACAGUAGCAGAUCAGGCUUUAAGACCUGAGCCCAGCAAUAGUUUAGGACAGUCUUAUUCAACUAAACUGACCACAGAGUCUGCUCGUGAAUUUUCAGUUAGCAGCACAAGUGCUAACUACCACGAGAAAGUUUCACUCUCAACACAAGAUGAGCGAGUGUCAGGUGUGGAUGUUGUAGUCCUUAGUGAUGAUGACGAGGCUGAUUUUUGUGGCGGUUCGUCUCGUGAUGAGGAAGUGUUAAAAGAUUGGCCUCCUGUCAGAGAAAUCCAUUGUGUGUCACCAUCCCCGUCUCCCCCACCUGUUUGUUUCUCUCCUGGUCUGGAUGUCUCUUUGGAACUGCAGCCUGCCUCACCUAUUGGGGAUCAUCAUCAUGAAGCUCAAACAUCCCCAGGAAACAUUGUCAUUCCUUAUUCAAAAGCUCCCAGCCAUAACUCAGAAGCUGUUUCUUUACAGGCUGAAGAGAAUGUGUUUGAGAUUAGUGAUGAUGAUGGUGAAGCAGACAAUGACAGAGGAGGAAAGCAGCAGUGCCCGAGUACUCAUUCCCAAAGUGAUUCGGAUAGCGAUGAGCUCCCUGAUCUUGAUAUUCCUUUAUCAAAACGCUUGUUGCUCAAAGGCAAGGUGCAGUCUCAGCUUCUCUUGAGUACACAAACGACUGCGACGGGCACAGCUACGUCUGUAUCUUCGACAUCUGGUCCCACACCUGCUGCAUCUCGGCGGAACAAACCGCCAUCAUCGGUGAGUGACAGCACCCAGGUGCAUGCUCCCUCACAAACAUCGCAACGCUCUACCUCUAGCGCUCACAUCUCUGAACUGGAAAAGAGACAGGAUGCAGUACGUGUGGAUCCGUGUGUGAAAGACAACGAAUUCAGUGAUAUUCAAACCCUCAGUUCUUAUGCUCACAAAUAUCAAAGCACAAGGGGUCCAGUCUGUGAUAAAGAUAUUGAGAUUCUUGAUUCUGAUGGUUACAACAAAUGUUCUUCACAAGCACAGUUUGGAGUGUCGGGCUCUGUGGACAGAUCCAAAGGCCUUCCUUCGUCAGUGUGUGGACUGGAAGUGUCAUCGAGUAAGAUUGGAGCAGCAGUAACAGUUUUAUCUCCCCAGCAACUGUCCCCACAGUUCUCCUUGUCUCCAGGCUCCUUUGAUGUUGUGUUAUGUAUAGACAACAGGGAGUUUUAUGGAAGUAAAAGUAACAGCAAGACCCUGCUACCUGAGUUGAUGAAAGCUGGGAUUCAAUGCGACCUCCGUCUGCUUCAUGUGGGAGACCUCCUGUGGGUGGCAAGAGAGAGAACUCCACCAGGAAGCGCAGGAUUGAAUGGGGGUAAAGGUAGAGAGCUGGUGUUGAAUUACAUUGUGGAGAGGAAAAGAAUGGAUGAUCUUGUGAGCAGCUUGUCUGAUGGUCGGAUGAAAGAACAAAAAUUUCGACUAAAGCAAAGUGGUUUGAAAGAUCUGAUUAUCUUAAUAGAAGAACACGGCUCCAUACAGAAUUUCAGCAUUUCUGAGGAAAGGAUUAGGCAAUCAAUAGCAAAUUCACAGAUAAUCGAUGGUUUCAAGGUCAAACGAUGUGGAGGCCCCAAGGAUGCUGUUAUUUAUUUGACAGCUAUGACAAGAUCUUUGCAACAGCAUUUUACUAACAAGACUUUGCAUGCUGUGUCUGUAGAUCAGCUGAAACAACUGCCGGCGAGGCAAAGCCCACAGAACAGCGAUCAUUACAUGUUACCUUUUGAUAGCUUCAAUGAAGCUUCCGUUAAACAAAAGGACUUGGCUGUGAGAGAAUUGUUUGCUAAACAACUUGUGCAAGUGCCUGGUGUGUCGGCAGAAAGAGCUAGGGCCAUUACCAACUUUUAUCCAACCCUCUCCUCGUUACUGCAAGCCUACAAUGGAUGUAGCACAGAGAAAGCGAAAGAAAGUCUGCUUUCCACAAUCAAAUGCGGCAAGAAUGACAGGAACUUGGGUAUUGCUGUCAGCCGACUCAUAUCCUUGCUCUACACACAAAGUGGCAGUUUAUCUUGACGAAGUGUAUUAUGAGCAUAGACAGACAUGUUAUUUAUAAUGGAAAGCAUUAUUAGUGAACUCCUGUCUCUUAUUAGUAUAGCACAUUCUUUGUGCGGUUAUAGCAGUUGUAGGUUGUAAAAUGGAAAUGAAAACAUAUGUGAACAAUGGUUAUAAAAGAUGAAAUUAAAGUACUUUUACUUAAGUAUUUUUAUC